ACCAGUGGGCGUGCCCAAUAAUGACUGGGGGAUCCCGGCAAGUAACAUGACUAAAAAGAAGCGGGAGAUUCUGGGCGUCGCUCUGGAGAUUGAUGGACUGGAGAAAAAGCUGUCACAAUGUCGGAGAGACCUGGAGGCUGUGAACUUCAAGCUCUAUGAGGCAGAGCUGAGCCCAGAGGCCAGGAGGUCUUUGGAGAAAGAGAAAAGCAGACUGAUGAGCAAAGCAUCAAACUAUGAAAAGGAGCUGAAGUUGCUUCAGCAGGAGAACCGGAAGAACACGCUGCUCUCUGUGGCCAUCUUCAUCCUCUUGAGCCUCAUCUAUGCCUACUGGGCUGUGUGAGCCUGAGAUUUCUCCACUCAGCACACAUUUCCCCUUGGCUCCCUGGUCGUGACCAAGCAGGCCCUUCAAGCCUCAAAAGAACCAAGGCGCAGGAGCAUUUGUCCCCACCCGACACCUGGGCAGGCCUCCUGUCAGCCUAGACCCCUUGCUUGCCUUGGAGCCUGGGUCUCCUGAAGGACUUUAUGCUGGCUCCUCCCUCAGCCCCAGGGACAGGCAAUAAAGAACACACAAGCUG